AUGUUACAUUGGCAUUUCAGCCCGGACUCAAUUACAACUGGUUUUGCCAGCGAUAUCAUAAGAGUUUUAUCUGGUGCUGUCCGGGGGCAAACGACUGCACGCGUCUACUUGCUAUCGUCUGGAUUUUCGUUAGCAUUUGGCAGUAUGUUUGCGAAAACCUAUCGUGUUCAUCGAAUAUUUACACGCAGCGGCAGCAGUGUGUGCAAAGACAGAAUGUUGCGAGACGCACAGUUAAUUUCAUUGGUCUGUGCAUUGUUACUGCUUGAUGGAUUAGUUCUUGGAUUUUGGGUUGUAUUCGAUCCGAUGGAACGACACUUGAGCAAUUUAACUUUGGAAAUAAGUUUAAGCGACCGCAGUGUGGUAUAUCAACCUCAGGUUGAAGUGUGUCGUUCGCAGUCGGGCCAUACGCAGAGCUGGUUGGGCGCACUGUACAUCUACAAAGGUCUGCUGCUGGUUGUUGGCGUUUAUAUGGCAUGGGAAACAAGACACGUCAAAAUACCAGCCCUCAACGAUUCACAAUACAUUGGCGUUUCGGUUUAUAGCGUUGUAAUAACUAGUGCUAUCGUUGUGGUUUUAGCGAAUUUGAUAUCAGAACGAGUCACAUUAGCAUUUGUAACGAUAACAGCAUUAAUAUUGACAUCAACAACAGCCACACUCUGUCUGCUCUUUCUGCCGAAAAUGCACGAUAUCUGGGCCAAAG